UAAGUUCAUUCAAGUUGUAAAUGUUUUAAAUAAACACAAAUCAUACCAAUUAAUUGUUCAGAAUUUAAAUUAUUUAUGUGUGUUUGAAAAACUGAGUCAGAAUCUAGGACAUAAUUUUAAAGUUUUGGGGAGUUUUCUAAUGAAAUCAAAAGUCCAAGGAGGAAAAUAAUGGAGUAUUCUUAAAAAGAAGGCGAAAAAGAAACAACAGAGGAAUAUAGGUACCGGAUCAUAAAUAUUAUUUUAGAAACAUUUUGUUCAAAAGAAGAAGAAAGUUGGAGACUUUCGUCUUCAUUGCUCUGAGUUCUAAACUUGCCGCCAACGGCUACUCUCCUGUAGCUCGCAACGAAAAUACUGGUCGCCGAUUUUGAUUCAGCUUUCAGUUUCUUUAAAAUCUCAGCUGUUGAAGAGUUAGAGACCUCUUCAUUCUUGCGAUUGGCACCGAUUUUGUUUCCGCGGGUUCGUUUCUCGCAAUCUCAGGUAGACGUCUUUGAUUUUCUGAUAUUUUCUUUCAGGUGGCUUCUUUUACGUUAGUUAUGGGGGCCCCUAACUCGUUUUGAGACGAAUCUGAGGUGGCUUCUUUUACGUUUCUUUGGAAUCCAACAUUCUCGCGACUCUCACCUGAUUCUGAUUCGCCGGUUUGGAUCUCUCGCAGGUGAACGGCUUGUUACGAGCUGGAAUCGAUUGCGACCCUCACCUGCCUCUGAUUUCGCCGGUUUAGUCUCUCGCCGGUGAACCUCUUGUUACGAGUUGCGGCUCUCACCUCCUUCCGAGUUCGCCGGCAGGUGGCAAAAUCAUCAACAACAUCCAGCGAUUAGUAGUGACAUCAAUUCCUGAGGUUGAACACAGUCGCUCUUCACCAGUCACCACUGCAUCUAAGAAGAUGGAUUCCAAGAACAUGGAUCACAUAUCUAGCCCAGUUUUGCGUCAUACUGUAACUCGCGGAGAAUGCUCGUCCAGCCAAGGAUCAACAGAUGCCCUGGCCAAAUUGCGGUCGUACAUCCCUUUGGAGAAGAUGCCUAAAGUUCUUCAGAAGCCAUUCGAAGAAAUACCACAAAUGCUACAUCCACAUCUGCUAGAUAUCAUUUUACAUAGGCCGGAAAAUGGUGAAAUCUUUUCUUUCAAGGCUAAAAAAGGAACUUUUACAGUUUGGGCUAACUUCGUAGUAAGUUGGUGUCACUAGUUAUGUUUGACUUUCAUUUCCAAUUUUUUCUUUCUCAUUAGUUUUUAUGUUGAUUUCAGAGGCCAAAGAAAGAGGACUGCAAAAAUUGGGAAAAAUCAAAGUUUCCAGUACAAAACCAAGGAAAACAUCGUAAAUAACUUGGUCUCAAUCUUUUCUUUUAAAUGAAUUUUGUUUGCACUGUGUGAUGAAUAAUAAAUCGAAAUGCAGAGAAUUGUUGGUCGAUUGGGGGAAGUGAGCAUAUAAGUGAGGCCCGUGAGAUUCACCAUAUUGACGAGAAGCUCACAUCAUACUCUGGCCAGUUUUUGGUUGAUUUUGCCGAUCCUGCUCGGGCAAAGGAAGUGUUUUUGAAGACCGAACAAAAGCACUAUUGCUAUCCGUAUCCAUGCAUCUACGGUAUGGAAUAUGCCAUGGCUUAUGGUAUGCCAAAAACUGAUGACUGGGGUCAUACUGGAUGCCAUACUCAGGUGCUUCCCUCCAAGAGUCAUGUUAAACUGCAUCACGUCUUAAAUGACGCCAGAGCAUUCUCAGAUGUCCGUAAAGCAAUUCACUACCUUCAGACCCAACCAAUACUUGCUCAAAUUGGUAUCUUUAAGCCCGAGUUUGGAAGGAUUGGAAAUGGAGUUUACCGCGGACCUACCUCUGUUCAUUCUGUUUUCUCUGCAUGGCAUCAAGUUUCAAUACGGUUUAUAACCGUGGAGAAUGGAGAGUUGAUUGCACACUGCAGGAAUAGCCAUGGUGAAGAAAGGGGAUUACUGGGAUAUUUCAAGGCAUCUUUAGAUAUUAUGCUACUUGAACUAUGUACAUCUGGAGUGCCAUCAUAUACUGUUCCAACUAGACUCUUCAAAAUGUUUUUCUGUGGAGAAGUCCGGAGCGAAUACGAGAGGAAGGUUGAAGAACAUUUUAUUGAGGGUGGUCAUCAAGUCGGUAUCUCAGAUUAUAUCUCAUUUUUGAUUUUUGAAGGAAUUUGUCACAAUACGUCUGGCAGUGUGAUUCAGCUUGAGGAUGGUGAGAAUGUAAUCAUUGGAAGUCCAACAAACCGAGCUUUACUUAAAUGGGCCUUAAAGAGAGACAUGAGCUUCACUUCUAUCAAGUCCGAGUCCAUGUUUAUUAAACGUUCUGGAAUGGAUUCGUCCAUGGAAUGCCUAGGCACAGCAGUUGAAUGUAAAAAUACAAGUAGGCCUGGUGUUCGGAUUCACUGGAAAGGCGACGCUAACAAAAUCCUAGAACAGUGUACACAAGUUUAUAACAAAAGUUCCUUACCGAUGAGUGAAACCGAGAGGGAAGCAUUCAAAGCUGUUAUCGACAAUAUGGUUGCACAAGAACUAAGAUGCGUUGCUCUUGCAUUCACAACCAUUGCAAACGAAGAUGUUCCAUCUCAAAAGGAAAUAAAAAAUUGGAUAUUACCAAAAGGAGGACUUGUUCUGCUUGGUAUCUUUGGUAUUAAGAAUCCAUGUCGCCCAGUUGAGGAUGAUGAGAUGCAGGCUUUAGCAACUUUCGAGGAAGAGAACAAGAUAGAGGCCAGAGGAGUAAGGAUAGUUCGUUAAUUGAUUAGCGUUUCCUUAUUACUCAGUCCUAACAUAUUUUCAGUAUAUCAGCAGGAAUGUUAAAGUAGGAGUUUGUGCUUUUACUUUUGAAAAAAAAAAAUGGAGUUGAUUUUUGAUGUAGACGGAAGAGGAGACCAAGGAGAUACCUGACGACAACGUCCCAGAUGAUAAUCAAGAGUGCUCCUCAUACGUUACAGAUUCCAGCGCUUUUCUUGCUGGUGAGAAGAUAAAACCUGAACAGUGGCGCUAUUAUUACGACACCGAUCUCUGCGCUAGACUUGGACUGUACUGUUACAAUCUUCAGAAGGGCACAGUUUACGAUUUUGGGUUUGUGAGAACGUUAUACACUGGGUAUGAUUCGUUCAGCAAGUCUUUCAUAACACUGGAGGCAAUGAAUCCAGCUGACCGUUCUCGAUUCACUUUGGAGACGUGCGUUAAGCAUAACUAUGAACAAGUUACAAGCGGACUGGGUUUGUGGUGGGAGACGCACAUUUGCAGGGUGGAAGGUAGCGAAGAGGCUGAUUAUGAGUGGGACGAUGGAGCCGUAAAUGAUUAUUACAAAGGUGAAAUGCCCGAAUGGCUGUCUGAUGACCAUCAGCAACGAUGCUACGUGGUUGAACAAUCAGAGCUUCAGGACAAAAAAAAUUGGUGGCUGCCUCUCUUGACUGAAUUUGCCUUCUACACAAAAUGGAAUGGAACCCUCAGGGCGAGAGAUAUUGCGGAAUGCAGAUCUUUGAUUACUGGUUGUGGAAACUCUUGAUGAAGAAGCUGAGAAAGAGCCGAGUGAUAAGCUCAAUGCGGCCAAUGCAAUCUUCUACAUAACUUUUGAGUGCGUGGAGGAUCCAACGAAAGGUCGUUACAGGGCGGUUUUACGGAAGACGAUGGAUGGGAAACCUGGGCACAUGCGCCUCGAGGUUAUGUGUUGGUGCAUGAGCGAGAGAGCCGAAGAAAGGGAACCACAACCUACAACCGCAGCCAAAUGAAACUCGCUGGACACUCAAAAGACUGCAAACUAAACGAAUUUGUUCAUUCUAUCUCGUUUGGAAAAUUUCUUUCACAAUAUUCUACAUAUCGACAUCUAGAGAAAUGUAAUCACAGUCCUCUGACACUAAAAUCCGCGCUGUUGCUGCCCUCGCGGAUCAUUAUCUUGCUGAAGUUUUUAAAAGUGAACAUUUAAUUUUUUCAACAAAAGUUUCGGAAAUUAGUUAUGUUUAAAUAUUGUACUCUUGUUAAAUAGUUAUAAUAAAUCAUAUCCACAACUGACUAAUAGAGUAUACGAAUAUUUUAGUAACCAAAAUAUCCAAUCACACUUGAUAUUGGUAGACUAACUUAAAUUUUGUUAACUAAUUUUCAUUAGAAAAUAAAGUUCUAAGUUUAUGUGGACCUAUUUUGUUAUGAUAUACUUGCUAGAAAAAUAUUUUCUAAUUACACAAUUAUUAAUUAAUUUUUUUUUUGUCUAAACACAAUUAUUAAUUACUAAACUUCAGAAUAAUGUCUCCGACCAAAUUAAGAUAUUGAAAUGCCAAAUUUAAGAUGAGUUUGACAUAUCCACUGGUAGAUUUUAGCGCCCAUGUCCGGCACCGUCGCCUUCGAGUGGCCAGCAUCAUCACCGGCUGCUCUUUUUUCAUUCCGAUGAUUGUCAAACUCCGAACUAAAAAAUGUUUAAUAAAUAAGCUUAAAUGACAUAGGACUUCAAUCACAAUAGCUCUACUAAUAACAAAUUAAACUUCAAUAAUGAAAUUUAUGGGCUGUUACCAAAAAAUAAACUUCAAUAUUUACAACUCCAUCGGUCCGGUCAUACUAGUUAUGUUUCAAAAAAAAUGCUUUACGAUUAAGACAUGGAAUCCUAAUUGAGAUAUGAAAAUAAUUCCUUUACGUAUGUUAAAUUAAAGUCUAUAUCUGUAAAUGGAAAAUCCUCGAUUUAUAUUGGUUUACAGUUUAUUUAACGUAUUUAUGGUUGGGCCUUUGUAUAGGCUUUUGAAGGAAAACAAGAGACCAAUCAGACUUUCCCUUGAUAGAACUUGUGCUGCACAACGAACCAUAGGGUCGGUCAAAACCACUAGUGCAUAUAAAAUGAAAGGUAUUGAAAUGGCAAUCAUUUAAUACCCUAAGACACUGCAGGAGAACAUAUAACGUAAUGUUCAAACAAAAACAAAAAGAGAACAUAGUACAUAUUGAGUCUUCACAUUAUGGGUUGAACAAAUAAGGAAAUGAAUACGAAACUGAAAGAAGUUACCAUUCACUCUGUCUGCUUGCAGAUGCUUUACAAAAAGUGUGCAGCCUUAGGGAGCAAACAUCAAUGAUUAGACAUAAGUCAUAACAGAUCAAUGAACCAUUCGUUCUCAUACUAAUUAUUGCAUUACAAACAGAAAUCUCUCCUUAAACGAUAAUAAUAGAUCCAACUCGUUCUAGUCCAAAUAGUUUUAGACAAACACAACAUAAAACAUUUAACAUAUCAUGACAGAAUUAGUAAAUAGCCUUAGAAAUUA